GACACCAGCUGUAGACUUCCGGUACUGAAUGUUAAAAAAAAGUUGGAGGAAAAUCUCAACAGAAGUUUAUCCGGGUCUUAUUAAAGUUCUGUGACGGGUGCUACGCCGACAAACACGACACUUUAGUGGGCCUUCGGCGGUGAAAGUGGGAGUUUAUUUUUUUAUUUUAAUUCAAAUUUUUGUGGGAUAGGGAGUGGACAAAGUUUGGAAGAUGUCGACGACAGCGUUGUACAACGACCAAGGUGGAGGAGCGGAGACUGCGGUGGAGGCUGGCCAGGAGAGCACGGCCACCGCCGGGGCCGGGGCCGCCUUCGGACUCUUCAGCGCUGACUUUAAAAAGAAUGAAGACCUAAAAGAAAUGCUGGAAAGUAACAAGGAGUCGCUCAAACUGGAGGCCAUGAAGAGGGUCGUCGGGCUGAUUGCCAAAGGAAAAAACGCGUCGGAGCUGUUUCCCGCCGUGGUGAAGAACGUGGCGAGUAAGAAUAUCGAGCUGAAGAAGCUGGUCUACGUGUAUUUGGUGAGAUACGCGGAAGAGCAGCAGGAUCUCGCCUUGCUUUCCAUCAGCACCUUCCAGCGAGCCCUCAAGGACCCAAACCAACUGAUCCGGGCCAGCGCGCUGAGGGUUUUGUCCAGCAUCCGCGUCCCCAUCAUCGUCCCCAUCAUGAUGCUAGCAAUUAAGGAGGCGGCGGCCGACCUGUCGCCUUACGUCAGGAAGACUUCUGCCCAUGCCAUCCAGAAGCUUUACAGCCUCGAUCCCGAGCAGAAGGAGCAUCUGAUUGAAGUGAUCGAGAAGCUCCUGAAGGACAAAAGCACGCUUGUGGCGGGUAGCGUGGUGAUGGCCUUCGAGGAGGUGUGCCCGGAUCGCAUCGACCUGAUCCACAAGAACUACCGCAAGCUGUGCAACCUGCUGGUGGAUGUGGAGGAGUGGGGCCAGGUGGUCAUCAUCUCCAUGCUGACGCGUUACGCCCGCACGCAGUUCAUCAGCCCCUGGAAGGAGGUGACCGGCUUGGAAAACGAUGACAAGACCUUCUACGACUCGGACUCUGAGGAGAAAAAAGACCCAGCGGAAGAAAAAUUUUGUCUCAAAAGAAAUAACAAACAAAAAAACAUUGCGGUGAAAAUGCGAGCGCACGGGACUAAGUGUUUGCUGUGCUUUGAGGUGGUGAUGGCAGUGGCUCAGCUUUACUGGCACCUGGCGCCCAAACAGGAAGUCAACAUGGUGACUAAGUCUCUGGUGCGCCUGCUGAGGAGCCACAGAGAGGUGCAGUAUGUGGUUCUCCAGAACAUCGCCACCAUGUCAAUUCAGAGGAAGGGGAUGUUUGAGCCCUUCAUGAAGAGCUUCUACGUCCGAUCCACAGACACUACGCACAUCAAAACACUGAAGCUGGAGAUCCUGACCAACCUGGCAAAUGAGGCCAACAUCUCCACCAUCCUGAGAGAGUUCCAGACGUACGUGAAGAGCCAGGACAAAGCCUUUGCGGCGGCCACCAUCCAGGCCAUCGGACGAUGCGCCACCAACAUCGCCGAGGUGACCGACACCUGCCUCAACGGUCUGGUGCUGCUGCUGUCCAACAGAGAUGAGGGCGUGGUGGCCGAGAGCGUGGUGGUCAUCCGGAAGUUGCUGUUGACCCAGCCCACCCAACACAGCGAGAUCAUCAAGCAUAUGGCCAAGCUCUUUGACAAAAUCACAGUACCCAUGGCUCGCGCCAGCAUCCUGUGGCUCAUGGGCGAGUACUGCGAGCGCGUGCCCAAGAUUGCGCCCGACGUGCUGCGCAAGAUCGCCAAAACAUUCACAACGGAGGAGGACAUUGUCAAGCUGCAGGCCGUCAACCUGGCGGCCAAACUCUACCUCACCAACUCCAAGCAGACCAAGCUGCUCACCCAAUACAUCCUCAACCUGGGCAAGUACGACCAGAACUACGAUAUCCGGGAUCGCACCCGCUUUAUACGACAGCUGAUCGUGCCCAGCUGCAAGAGCGGCGCCCUCAACAAGUACGCACGCCGCAUCCUUUUGGCACCCAAGCCCGCCCCCAUGCUCCAGUCGGCGUUCAAAGAUCGAGAUCGUUUCCAGCUGGGCACGCUUUCUCACAGCCUCAACAGCAAAGCCACUGGAUACCAGGAGCUGUCGGACUGGCCCGCAGUGGCACCCGACCAGUCCGUGAGAAACGUGGAGGUCAUUGAGCCAGUGAAGGAAUGGGCGCCGCUCGUCGGGAAGACCAAGCCAGCCCAAUCGGAUGACAAGUUCUACUCUGAUGAGGACGAAGACAAAAAGGACGAUGCCUCUGACAGCAGCAGCGACGACGGCAGCAGCAGCAACAGCGGCAGCAGCAGCAGCAGCAGCAGUGAAGCGUCAGAGUCUGGAAGCAGCAGUGACGAAGAGGCUGAGAGCAGUGAUGAGUCCGAUAAGAGUUCCACUGGCUCAGAGAAAAGUUCCGGCGAAUCGGAAAAGAGCCCUCACGAAUCCGAACAGAAGAAAAAGAAAAUGACGAAGAAAAAGACCAAGAAAGCUCAGGCGGAGAAACGCCAACAAAACACAUCUGACAGCGACUCUGAUAAAGACAGUGACGAGCCCAUGCAGGAAAGUAGCAGCUCGUCGGGCGAAAGCUCCUCGUCAGAGUCUGUCUCAGACUUGGACUCGGUUUCUGCCGCGAAGCAGCAGAGGAAGAACAACCUCCAGCCCAAAGCCAAGGUGGAAAGCACGCCCGAGAAGGAAGUCUCCUUGCUGGAUCUCGACGACUUUCUCCCAGCGCCCACAAACACAACCAAGUCCUCGGUGCUCUCCUCCAGUUUGCUGUCUGACCUGGAAGGACUUUCGCUCUCUGCCGUCUCCGCCACCACCACGCCGGUGACGAGUCCGUCUUUCGGGCCGGUGAAAAGCUACGAGUUGCUUCACCACAUGACUGGUAAGGGCCUGUCUGCCAAGUAUCACUUCCCCCGCCAGACCUGCUUGUACGGGCGCUGCAUGGUGGCCGUGCAAGUCACGUUGACCAACGGCUGCGAGCGCCCCCUGGAGGAGAUCCACGUCGGAGAGCGUAGCCCCGUUGGCCUGAAGAUUCACUGUUUUAACACCAUCGAGCGCUUGGAUCCGGAGGCCUCGGUGACUGUUUCCAUGGGCGUCGACUUCAAGGACUCCACACAAGCGGCCAACUUUCAGCUGUGCACCAAAGAGGAGCACUUCAGUGUUUCCAUCCAGCCCGCUGUGGGCGAACUGCUGACACCCUACAGCCUCUCGGAGACGGACUUCUGCAAAGAGCAAAGUAAACUCCGGGGCAUGAACGAGACCUCGGCAACUAUCGCCAUGGCGACAACAGGCAUCUCCAAUCAAGCCGUCGCCAAGCGAGUCCUGUCGGUGGCCAAUGUGGGCAUGGUGGCCACCUCUGAGAGUCAUAUACACAGGUUCGCGGGGCGUACGGUGAGCAGCGAAGUCCUGGUUCUGGUUGUUCUGGAUCUGAAGGAUGAGGCGGGCGACGGCGGCAAGCUGACCGUCAACAGCGAGAAGAGCGUCAUGGCAUCCAUGUUGCUGCGAGACCUCAAACAGGCCCUCACCCAGGCAUAGAGAUCAGCUCCGCCAUAUUUUUUUUUCCUCUUACACCAGGUCCCAGCCACAUUACAAAAAAAACAUUUGCUAAUAUUUAGUAUGACGUAUUAGCAUUGUCCGCAAAAGCAUUGCAGUAAAUGUCCUUGAAAACACACUUUCACCAUAAAGCUAUCUAGCCAAGUGGCUUAAGUU